ACUCGGGCACUGAACAUUUUAAACAAGCUCACUUUUUGGAACUUGUUAGUUAUAUUUUUUGGGCACCCAUCAAAGAUGAUUGCAAUUUGGGCUACUUAUCAAUACUUGGUGGAGCUAGUCGUGAGCUACUUGGUUCAUUUUCUUUGUGAAUUUUAUUAUUUUGGCUUAGCAUUUGCUGGAGAAAUCUCACAUGCCCUUGAAGAGUUUUCGCAUUUUCUUAGGCCUAACAUCAGUAAUGUUGGGACCGGAGAGGAAACAAUACCUAAAACACAAAGAGAAAGCAAGGUUGAUGAUGAUUUGCCUACUAUUGUUUGGGUUCAUGGGUUUUUGGGAUUUGGGCCGUUUGACAAAAGGAGAUUAGGUUCUUUAUCAAACUUUGCUGGGGCAGAGAACGAAGAUCAAAGGGUUCUUGUCCCUUAUUUGGGGUCUUUACCCAGUGUUUAUGAUAGAGCACGGGAAUUGUUCUAUUAUUUAAAAGGUGGCCAAGUUGAUUAUGGUGAAGAACACAGCAAAACUUGCGGGCACUCACAGUUUGGACGAAUCUACAAAAGAGGGCACUACCCAGACUGGGACGAGGAACAUCCUAUUCACUUUGUUGGGCAUUCAGGUGGAGCACAAGUUGUGCGUGUCUUGCAACAAAUGCUUGCUGAUAAGGCAUUUAAGGGGUAUGGAAACACCUCUGAGAACUGGGUAUUAAGCAUCACUUCACUAUCAGGAACGUUUAAUGGGACCACCAGAACUUACAUUGAUGGCAUGGAGCCUGGAGAUGGUAGAUCAUUGAAACCUAUUUGCAUGCUACAACUCUUUCGCAUUGCGGUGAUAAUUUAUGAUUGGUUAGACAUUUGGAUGCUAAAGAAACGCUACAAUUUUGGGUUGGAUCACUUUGACUUGUCAUGGAGAAAGAAGGGCAUUUUGGGUAUUUGGAAAUGCCUAAUAGGGAAAGAAGGUCCAUUUUAUUCAGGGGAUUGGAUCCUCCCUGACCUCACAAUUCAAGGGUGUAUAAGACUGAACAAACAUAUACGUACAUUCCCAAAUACAUACUACAUGAGCUACGCUACAAAGCGUACGUGGAAGCUGAUGGGUUUCACAAUUCAUUCAAGCAUGGUCAAGAUUACGCCAUUGCUUUUCUUGAGGGUCUUGCAGAUGGCUCAGUGGUGUUAUCCUUCACACUUGACUCCACCUUAUAAAGGCUACAGGGAUGGUGAUUGGCAGGAGAAUGAUGGAGCAGUAAACACAAUAUCAAUGACACAUCCUCGUUUCCCAAUUGAACAUCCCAAUUGCUUCCUUCAAAACGAUUCUUCACUCAUCAAACCAGGCAUCUGGUACUAUAAGGUUGUGGAGGGUGAUCAUAUACCGUUCAUCGUGAAUCGUAAGAGAGCAAAACCACCCUUUGAUGUAAUAUUUGAUACUAUUUUCGAUUGUUGUAGGAAAAUGCAUAUACAUAGGAACAAAUAAUGACAAGUCCUUUACUAACUUAUUCGAUCACUUUAUAUACUAUCAUCACUAACGCUGCUUUGUAAC